AUGGACUUUGCGGCACACUCCUCUCGCGACCUUGCGGGCAUGUCCUCCUUUCCCGACUUGAUGAACGACCCAGCUUUCGACGGGCGAGAAGGAUGGACUGAAGACAUGGAUACUUGCCGAAUCUGCCACGGAGAAGCGACGGAGGAGGAGCCGCUUUUUUACCCUUGCAAGUGCAGUGGUAGCAUCAAGUUCGUUCACCAAAGCUGCUUGGUGGAGUGGCUGUCCCACUCGCAGAAGAAGCAUUGCGAGCUCUGCAAAACACCCUUUCGCUUUACGAAACUAUAUGAUCCAAACAUGCCCCAAAGCCUCCCGACUCCGUUAUUUCUCCAACAAGCCAUUAUUCAAACAGUUCGAACCCUGGUGACCUGGCUGCGCUUUGUUCUCGUCGCAUUUGUGUGGUUGGGUUGGCUGCCAUGGUCAAUGCGCGCAAUUUGGAGGGCGCUUUUCUGGCUCGCUGACGGCCGUUGGUCGACCGGUGGGACUGUCCAGCAACGAGGCGCACAAGCUGUUCAGAAUGGUGUUGCGCAAUGGGCUGUCAACGGCACAGCGGCCACCACUGCCGCGCUCAGCUCGAUGACCUUGGGGGGUUCGAGUACCGCCUACUCCUCGGCCAUUCCUGGGCCCUCGGCGCAAGCCUCAGCCCUCAGUUUCCCAGCUGGUGAUCCGCUCAUGCUUACAUUCAUCAAGAAAAUUAUCCCUAGCCUAUUCAUUCCUGCAUUGUCACCAAGUGCCGGCCAAAAUGGCUCUCAUGCAAACGGCCAUACUGGCUCGGCCAAACCGCGAUACCCAUCAUGGCUCUCCGAUGUCAAAUUCCUAAAUACGUUGACGCCUUACCCGACGAUCAACAAUAUGAUCAUUGAUACUUUGGAGGGCCAACUCAUCACUUUACUUGUGGUCGUUGCUUUCAUUCUUCUUUUCUUGAUUCGAGAAUGGGUUGUCCAGCAGCAGCCCAUGGCCAACAUUGCGGAGGGAGAGCGUGAGGCAGCGCUGGAGUUGAUUGCCAAUAAUCGACCAAACGAGCAGGAGCAGGGACUGCGUCCAGAUUUUGCUCCCCCUCGUCCUCAUGUGGAUGUUCAGCCUGAAGCCGAUGCACCCGCUGAGCAAGAAAAUGAUGUGCCUCCUCGCUCUGCCAAUCAUUCACCGGCACCCUCCUGGACUGAUUCUGAUGAUGGUCUCCCUGUGUAUGAUAGACAGGCAGGGUUGCGGGAUGAUACUUCCGCGAGGAAUUUGUUUCAGAAUAAUUCUGAGAUGGACGGGGGGCCCCCAGAACGUCAAUCGGGGAACACUCCUCAACACUCCGAAAUGGCGUUCUUCCAAGACAUCAUGGAACGUGCCAAUGGUGAUCGGGAUGAGGUCUUGCGAAUCAUUCGAGAGGAAGGCCAUGAAGAGGAACUACGCUGGAUUGUCGAUGCACUUAGCAGGGCGCCGCUCGAUCAACCACUUCCUGACCCUUCGACUCGCACAGCGCGCCUUUUUCCUAUAGAGUCCUCUCAGUCAUCUCAUGGCUAUGGCACAAUGACCCCAGAUAGUGAAAAUGCUGAUGCGCAACCACAGUCUGAUCAGCCAGCCACAGGACAGGACGCCAAUUAUGAACCAUCUUCAAGAGAAGAUGAGGUGAUUGCGAGGAUUCCAGCUGAUCAUCAGCCUCCAAAGAACGUGGGUGACCGCCUGAUCGAUUGGUUCUGGGGGGACAUCACUCCUGAUGACCGUGAUCACGGAGACCAACUUCUAGAGGACGACGAGCAGAUCAUUCAAGACCGGGCAUUGGAAGACCCCUUUGUCCCUGUGCUAAACCGGCUGGAGGAGCGCCCAGCCAAUGGAGGGGUGAUGGCCGAAGCUGCAGCUGAUGGGGCGCUGGAGGGCAAUGACAUGGAUGCAAUUGAAGGCGAUGACUUUGAGGGAAUCAUGGAUCUCAUCGGCAUGCAAGGUCCCAUCUUUGGACUUUUGCAGAACGGUGUGUUCUGUGCGCUCCUAAUUGCCUUUACUGUCGCUAUUGGCAUCUGGCUUCCCUACUUAUGGGGCAAGAUCGCUCUUGUUCUCCUGGCCAAUCCUUUUGAGCUAAUAGUUGGUGUUCCUAUGACUGCGCUCACUGUUGUCGCAGACGUUGCCCUUGACACUCUCAUUGGCGUUGUAGGCUACGUUAUGUACUGGCUGAGCUUUAUUUUCAAGGUUCUCCUCAGUCCAUUCGGUGCUCUUGUCCCUACCGUCGAAUGGGGUUUCCGAGGCAAAUCAAUCACCAGCACGUCGCUCUCCCUUAUCGAUAAAAGCACGGACCGGUUGAACAAGGUUGUUAAAGCGUUCCUGGUAUUCCAUGAGUCCGAUAUCCCCAUGUUCUCGGUGCUUUCACACCAGGCUCUCAGGCUGCACCAAGCCCGUGUUAUGACUCUACUACGGUCCAUAUUUGCCAUUAUCAAAUUCGUUCUACACGACUUCCCCCUUCGCCUGGUCACCCUCGGGAUCCCGGGAGCUUUGUCCUUUGAUCUCGACUUCUCCCAGCUAAAGAACGCCACAGUUCAAGUACAGCAGCACAUCAGCAACUUCACAAAGUCAUCGAUGUUCGCCAGCUCUGGGACACAAUUGAUGAAUGCAAGCACCAUCCGGACAGCCUCCGCAAAUGUACCCGUUGACUAUGAACUGGCUGUGUGGGAUACGAAAGAUCGUGUCAUUGCCAUUGCGAUGGGAUAUCUGCUGGCAACGAUGAUCGGUUUCCUGUACCUGCGUAUCACCGGACUACUCGCUGGGGCCAAUCGCGGCCAACGGAUUGAAGGGGUCGUGGCCGAGGUGCUUCUCCAGGCCGGUGGAGUCAUGAAGGUCAUUCUCAUCAUCGGCAUUGAAAUGAUCGUCUUUCCUCUCUACUGUGGUACCCUACUGGACGUUGCCCUGCUUCCUCUGUUUUCCAACGCGACAAUAGCCUCGCGGAUCGCCUUCACCAUUGGGUCUCCACUGACAUCUCUUUUCGUACACUGGUUCAUCGGCACCUGUUAUAUGUUCCAUUUUGCCCUGUUUGUGUCCAUGUGUCGAAAAAUAUUGAGGAGCGGUGUUCUCUAUUUUAUCCGUGAUCCGGAUGACCCGACUUUCCAUCCAAUCCGCGACGUUCUCGAGCGUAGCAUUACUACUCAGCUCCGGAAGAUCGCGUUUAGUGCACUUGUGUAUGGUGCACUGGUCAUUGUCUGCCUGGGUGGCGUGGUAUGGGGCUUGUUUUACGCAUUCGAUGGUGUUCUUCCCAUCCAUUGGUCGGCUAGUGCCCCUAUGCUCGAAUUCCCGGUGGAUCUGCUAUUCUACAAUUUCGUGAUGCCGUUAGCUAUCCAGUCCGUCAAACCUUCAGAUGGGCUGCAUGACCUACACCCAGAAGAAGAAGGGCGCCAUGUUCGACGAUCCUGGUGGAGUCUACUUUCUGGGAGCAAGGGUGACUGGGAACACCCGGUAAUCGGAGAGGAAGAGCAGGCUGCCGCAGAGAAAGAAGCCCGUGACGUGUAUUUCCUGCGGGAUGGCCGGUAUGUCCGCGCCCCUGCCUCCGAUCAGGUUCGCAUCCCGAAGGGCACGCAGGUGUUCUUGGACGUGACUGAGGACAAUGAACGUGUUGAUGGAAUGCCCGAUCCGGACAAUGGGCUCCAUGGCCGUACCAGCACUUCAUUCGCCAAGAUCUACAUUCCACCGCACUUCCGGACUCGCAUCGCUGCCUUUAUCUUGCUCAUCUGGCUGUUUGCCGCCACCACUGGGGUAGGCAUCACUGUUGUGCCGCUCGUCAUUGGGCGCAAGAUCACCUCCAUUUGCUUCUCCAGCCCAGUUCCUGUGAAUGACAUCUACGCCUUCUCCAGCGGCCUUUGCGCGGUCGGUGCUCUGUCCUACAUGGUAUACUACUGCCGGGCAGCCGUUCAAUUCCUGCGCGAAAACCGGGCAACGUACGUGCAAUCCCCGCGCGAGCUGGGUCUGCUUUUUGCCAGCCUUGCACUCGGUGCAGCCCGAAUAGUGUACAUUUCGACUGCCCUGGUAGUCCUGCUCCCGUCUCUCUUCGCACUGCUUACCGAGUUGUACAUCCUCAUCCCGGCGCAUACCUUCAUCGGCGAUGGACAGUCUCACAUCGUACAUGUUGUCCAAGACUGGACGCUGGGAGUGCUGUACGUACAGAUGGCCAUCAAGCUCACUUUGUGGCACCCCAACUCCUGGCCAGCGGCCGUGCUGAACGGCAUCUUCCGCGAUGGCUGGUUCAAACCGAAUGUCCAACUGGCGACGCGGGCCUUGAUUCUGCCGCUAGUCCUCUUCACCGCCGCGGCAGUAGCCGCCCCACUAUCAUUAGGUGGCGUGCUGUGGUGGACACUCUUCUAUACGCGUGUUGAGGCGCAGCCGGCCAUCUAUCGCUAUGCCUACCCAGCAACUUUGCUGUUCGUGUUGACCGCGUGGACUGUAAACCUGGCCCUGCGGCGGGUGGCGAUCUGGCGUAUCAACAUCCGCGACGAUGUUUAUCUGAUCGGCGAGCGGCUCCAUAAUUUCAGCGAGAAGCGGGCGCGAGACGUCGGUGUGUCGCGGCGGGUGAUUACGGGCUGA